AUGUCCUCCUUUCGGAUACCAAUUUCGCUGGUCACUGACCGCCUCUCCUCCGGCAUGGCCAGAUUCCAGAACACCUCUAUCUCUGCUCGCUAUAACACUCUCCGACCCCUUUCAGAAUUCUUCGACUUCCGACGGAUGUCCAAACCUGCCAAUCUCGGCGAAGCUCAAACACGUAUAUCCUACAACCUCGGCCAAUUCUCCUCGAAUUACCUCCUUGUCUUCGUAUUACUUUCUAUCUACGCGAUAAUCACCAACCUGCCAUUGCUUUUCCUGAUCGUCGUGAUCGUAGCCGGAGUCUACGGUAUCGGAAGACUCGAAGGAAGGGAUCUGCAAGUUGGAAACUUCAGAGCUACAACAAGCCAGCUCUGGGGGACACUGGGAAUCACGGGAUUUAUCUUGGCGAUCUUGUCGGCUCCGUUUGAGACUUUGUUCUGGUUGAUUGGUGCUAGUGCGCUCACGAUCUUGGGACAUGCCAGUUUCUUGGAUAGACCGAUUGAGAAUGCCUUUGCUGAGGAGACUGUCUAA